GCUGCUGCUGUGCAUGACAAAUCCUAUGUGUCUGUGUGCGCGCAUGUGUGUGUGUGCGUGAGGGAGGGAAGGAGAGGAUGAACGCCAGCCCAGUCAUUCCUCUUAAAAAUGGCGUCUUGGUAACAAAAUGAGAGGAAUAUGCUGAGAGAGAGGAGCAGCAGCAGCAGCAGCAGCAGCAGCGGUGAUUACUGAGGACGGCGUCACUUUGGAGAACGCGGAGCAUCUGUUGUACGGCCCCGCAGCUUUACGCACGAGACAAUAGACAGUGAAAUAUAUGGGGAGAGGAGGGAGGAGGUGCUCCUGGCUGCUGUGACCCCCUCCCCUCCUCCUCCUCCUCAUCCUCUCCUCCCUCCAUUCCUCCCAGUCUACAGGCUCGUCAGGCGCAGAAAUAAACAGGAGCGAGCGCAGAGAAGAGAAGACGUUCCUCCCUCCCCUCCCCCUCUCCUCGCUAUCUGUCCAUCUUCAUCCAGCCCUUUCUUUCAUGGAGAGGAAUUAUCCCGCUGCAGGGUUCGGAGACCUGGGGGCUGGGACGGGAUGGACGUACGACAGAUCGGCCAAAGCAAGCCUCAUGUAUGGAAGCUCCAGGUCAGCACACCCGGACUCGGAGCUGCUCCACCGGCAGGCGUAUGGCACCCCACACCCUCUACAGGGCUAUGCAACCAACCACCACCCAGGAGGCAGUAGACAGGCUGGAGCAUGGGGUGCACCUGGACGCACGCUGGGGCUGUCGGGGCUUUUUGAUGCCAGCCUCCACCAUGCCAGCCCCUCGGGUCCAGACCCCUCCGUCAUGAAUCUGAUUUCAGCCCUGGAGUCCCGAGGUCCACAGCCCCCACCCUCGGCUUCCUCCCUCCUCUCGCAAUUUCGCUCUCCCUCUUGGCAGACUGCAAUGCAUACUCCUGGCCCGGCGGAGCUCUUUAUAUCAGGAGCACUUCCGGGUUCCAGCUCCUUCCCCUCCUCCUCAGCCCUUUCUGCAUACCAGCAUCCUGGUUCCUUCUCUGGAAGAUCUUUCACUCCCUCACUAUCCCUGCAGGACACACCUACAUUUAGCCCCACCUCCAAUGGUUUACUCUCCCCCCAUGACCCCCUGCUGCACAUCAAAGCACCCUCUCAGUCCAGCUUAGGCUUUGACCGUUUGCUGUCCUCCCAGAGCGUCGCCUACCGAGGCUCCCAGGAGCCUGUUACCCCAACCCAAGCCCCCCCCUCCUCCACUAGUUGCCACCUGCCCCCUCCCCAGUUCAAUCUGCUGUCCUCUCAGCUUCACAACCAGUCCCAGCUCUAUAACGCCUCAAUGUUCUCCUCCACACCAGCCUUGACACCUACGGCCCCACCUUCAAGCCAGCCUCCUCCGGAGAGGGCAGUUUCCCGACAGGACAGUGUGAUAAAGCAUUACCAGCGAACAUCCCCAGCCCAGUCCUCAACACUUCCCCUACAGCAAUAUGUCAGCUGUGGUGGGUCAUCAGGCUACCAGCAGAUAGCGAGCCACCACCGGCACCCUGGAUUGUCCUGCAGUCCCCUUGGGGAGCAAAGCCCAUCCUCUGACCCUAAGCCCUCACCAAGGAUGGAGCCCAAAGGAUAUCGACCUAUCAUCCAGACUCCCUACACCUCCUCAUCCUCCAGCUCAACAGCCUCCUCCACACCUGGCACUAAGGGAUCCAAAUGUUCCAGUUCUAGUAGUGGCUACUCCUCGUCUGGCUCAGCUUCAUCCUCUUCCCGUACCCCACACACUCCACCAUCAGCCUCCUCAGCUUCCUCUUCAUCUUCUUCUAGUUCCAAGACAAGCAGUGGCUCCAUGUCUGCUUCCUCUCGUCCCCAACCCCCACCUCAGACAGCACCUACACGUGCACCCCUGCAAGUGGUAUCAUCUAACCUUGCUCAACAGCCAGCACCAGAACAUAGCCUCACUUCAUAUGGCUCUCCAUCAGUGGCCAAAUCUAACUUACCAGACCACACCUCUCCACAGCAACAUACCCAGUCCUGCUCCCCAAACCAGCAACCACCAACACAUAUGGCCCAGUCGUAUGGGGGCUUCAACUCACCUCAUGCCCAGGACUUGAGCAGUGGAGCAGGGGGCAAUGGAGGGAAAAACUUCACUGGUAUUGGUUCAGGCGGGCGUUCAUUUUCUGCUGAGAUAGUCUUUGGUGACUCAAGCUAUAGCUCAAGAAGAGCAGGUAGUCCCGUCCUAGGGUAUGGGAGUUCAGGAGGAUCAUCAGUAGGUGGACCCAUGUCAGGGCUUGGAAGUGGAGUUGGAUCAUCUGGGAGCGGGGCUUCAAGUGGAGGUACUGGAGGCAGCAGCUCUUACCACAUGCCUGAGUCAAGUCCUUCACCCUCUAUUGGUUCCUCUAUCAGCCGCCCUGGAUUGCACUCCCCUGCUUCUGCUCGCCCUGCACAGUCCCCUGGAGGCUCAGGGGCCAACAAAUACUUUCCCCCCAUUCUCUCUCCUGCCUUCAUGUCCUCACCACAAGGAUUCCCUGAUUCAAGGCAAACACAGAGCCAGUCCUACCACUCAACACCACCUAAGUCAAAAUCAGAGGCCAACAUGCUUGGAGUUGAGCGACCCCAGGAUGCAGAAGAAGAUGAGGAUGAUUUCCUCAUAAGCCACUUACUACAUUCCCAGAGCUCAGCUCCCCACCCAUCCCAGCUUCACCAACCUCCUCAGCAGGCUGGAGAUGAAGAAGGAAAGGGACUUACCUACGACAUUAACAAGAUCUCAGAAGAACGCUACCACCUUCAGAGUGUAAUCCGCACCAAUAAUGCCAAUAGUGGGUCAGGUUCUGGGACGGCAAUCGGUGAUUCAGCUAGUGGCUUAAACAGUCAUUUGGAAAUAUCAUCAAAGAAAAAUCAGCAGAAGUCAGACUUAACGAUAUCAAAGUCCUCUGCUGGAGGGCUAGGAGGGGUCACUGACUCUUUUUCUCACUCGCAUCAACAACAGCAUGACUCCCUGAGCUCUGUGGUCCACUAUGAAAGAGGGGACCCCUACACCCAACACCCGCACUCCCAACAUUCUCAUCACACCUCACAUUUGUCCUCACACUCUCAGCACUCCCAAAUCUCCCAGCACUCUCAGUCUGCCCAACACACACAACACCCUCAACAUUCUCAGCACAGUCAUCCCCAUUCACACUCACACAGCCACCCUCACAUGGACCUGAAGAAGCCCUCAGAUACAAAUGAAAACACCUACUUGUGUAAUACACCGGAUGUGCAGCAGGGUUCACAAAGCCGGGUCCCCCUGUCUCUGAUGGAUUCCCCACCAGACCCUACCCAGCAAGCUCACAUGCUGCAUUCUGUCCUGUCCCAUACUACCCGCACCAAAAUGGACCCCCAGCUACCCCCUCCACAACAACAGCAGCUCACUCUGAGCCAGCAGGCGAUGAUGGGUUCAGCUGGAGGUGCAGGGCCUGCUGGGGUGGAAUCCAACCCACAGAGCCAGUCCUCUCAGUUACAACUCCAGCUCCACUCCCAGGGCUUAGAUACACACUACAGCCUUGGAACCCAGCAAAGGGACCAAACCCGUCCCAGUCAGAAUCCAGUGUCCCCGUUGGACUUGCUUGAGCAAACCCUUAGCCGGGCAAAUAGCAGAGACAGUGGAGGAACUCUGGACAGAAUUGGGGUUGGGGUGACAGGAAGGGAGACAGGUGGCGGAGACAGACAAAGACAGCAGCACAGACUUACACCUCACCACCAUUCCCAACAAACAGCCUCAGACCUUCAUGAUUUCCUCUCUGAACCGGAUUUGGGCUUGUCCACCCCCUCACACCUGCACCACCUCAGUCAGUCGGCACAUGCCCUUCCUCAUGCCCAUCACCAACAGCAAGCACACUCUCACCAUCCGCUGUCACACUCUCAGUUAGCCCACCCACACUCCCACCAGAUGGCAGCAGACAUGGGAACUCCCCAACAACAGCAACAGACCCAACAAAGAGAGCCUGAAACCCAGCUGUCCCACCCCCAGUUAGACCAGCUCAAGCAGCCCCAGUUUGACCCAGUGAGCCCAGUGGGUAAAAUAGGACACAAUCAAGCUCAGCAACAGCGGUUUGCGCCUCUUUCAUCAAUCUGCUUCCCAGAGUCUCUCUUACAUGAUGAAGACCGCUCAUUCUUUCCUGAGAUGGAUGACAUGUUUUGUUCAGCUGAUUACAAAUCAAGCUGUGCUGGGGACUCUGGGGCAGGACAGGCUGCUCAGGAGAGCCUUACCCAGGGUCAUGGACCAGGGCAAGAGGGUAUGGAGGUGUUAAAAAGAGGAGGUGCUGGAGAAGGCUAUGAUAUGGUUGGACACCACAGUGAUCAAGGCUAUGGACAGUACUGCCAUGGCCUUUCAGGAACAGGAAAUGGUAAUCUCCACUUAGAUCUUGACUCUAUAAAGACCCAUGAACUUCCAUCCACUGUGAACACUGACCAGCUUGGACUCAUCCAGUCCCAAACCCCAAAUAUGGGUUUGACAUCAGCAAUUCAAGGGGAUGGCUCAGUCAACAAGAUGAUGGGAGCUGUGGGAGUGGGUGGAAGUUCAAGCUCCACAGGUCUUACCUCACCAAUAUUUUGUUCCUCUCGACCCAAAAAGCUGCUGAAGACCAGCUCAUUCCACCUGCUCAAACAACGCAGGGAGCCGCAACCUCAAACAAAGAAAAACUAUGCGCAGGAGUAUGAAUUUGAGGAUGAUGAGGAUAAAGCUGAUGUUCCAGCUGAUAUUCGCCUCAACAGUCGACGCCUUCCUGACCUGCUCCCAGACUUGGUGUCUAGUUGUAGGAAGGGUGGUGGGGCAAUGGGAGUAAGUGGGCUCAGUCCACUGAUGGGUGACAUUGACUUUUGCCAGCCUGGAUACUCUCCCUUUGGACAGCCUCCACAACAUGCUCCCUUGGAAGGCCCAAAGAAAAGAGGCAGGAAACCAACUAAACCAAAACGUGAAGGUCCACCUCGGCCACGAGGUAGACCACGAAUACGUCCCCUUCCAGAACCGCCUCACUGCAGGGGGCUGAUGGGAUCAAUGCCUGGAGAAAGCAAAAGGGGUCGGGGGAGGGGUCGAGGGAGAGGCAGGAAGGACGAAGGACUUGUGGAAAUGCAUCAAGACAUGAAUAAAGCACAAAGCCUUCCAUAUCAUCAUCAGCAGCAGCAACAGUUGAGCCAACAGCAGCAUCUUCAACAGCUUCCACACCAACAACACAGACCACCGGCAGACCACCACCAAACACCCCAACAGCAGCACCACCUGCACCAUCAGCAGCAGCAUGUUUCCUGUUCUCAGCACCAACCGCUUCAUCAACAGCAGCAACAUCAGCAACACCAUCUUCAACAACAAGAACAGCUACCAUCCCUGCAGCUGCAACAAGAUCCAAUCCGACCAAUCAAGAUCAAACUGCCAGUUCCCUCCAUGCUUCCAUCAGAGUCCUUAUUGAGGACAGACUCACUGUCCAGCACAGAUCCAGUUCUGUCUGAUGGUUCUGUGGGAUCAGCACCAACUCUGGGCCUGAGUCCUGGACCCAGUACAGCCAUGGAUAUCAGCAGAACAGAUCUGAACCAGACUCAAGACAAGAUGAUGAAGCUUCAGCAGAAAGCUGGAGAGAUGACGUGGAAAAAAGAAAUGGACGACCCUCUGAAUCCUGAAGCCUGGGCUGCUGUGCAGAAACUCUCCAGUUCGGCUGAUGAUAAAUCUUUCGACUUUAAACCCGGUUUCAUGGCAUCUUUCCUGGACUUCCUGAAAACUGGAAAGAAAACGUCUGGUCUCGACCUGGGACCUGACGAUGGUCCUGUGGAGGACCCCCUGAACCCUUGCUCCUCUUUGAAGAGCUCCUCUCUCAGACCCUUAUCCCCGCCUCCUCCUCCCCUCUCAACCUCUCCUCCUCAGCAGCCCUCAUCCUUCAGGGAACGGGCACAGGGUGACGGGGACCUGAACCUCAGUGGCUGCUCCAGCCCCUGCAAGCCUCUGGACGAGGAGCUCAAGAGGAACCUGGAGACGCUACCGUCCUUCUCCUCUGAUGAAGAGGAUUCAGUCAGUAAGAACCAGGACCUUCAGAAGAGCAUCUCCUCCGCUAUCUCCGCCCUCUAUGACACUCCUCACUCACUAGCUGCAGCCAUGGCAUCUGCCAUGGCCAAAGCUUCGCCAACUCCAUCCCCACCUUCCCCUCAGGAGCCGCCCCUCAGCCCUCCCCUCCCUGCCCUGCCCCCUCUCAUCCCCAGCAUAGAGGUUGACGAUGAGGAGAAAGGGGAGGCGCUCACAUACACUCAACAGCACUCCCAGGACAAGGAGGAGCUGAAAGAAGUGUCCCUACAGCUGGAGAGAGAAGUGGAGGAGGCGAGAGAGAUGGUGCAGGGAGGAGAGGGGGAGGAGGAAGAGGUGGAGCAAGCAAUGAAGAUAGCUGUUGAUGAUGAUCUAAUUGGGGCUCAACAAAAUCUGCAGCAGGGAUCCCUGGAGGAGGAGCAGGAGGCGGAGAGGUCCUCUGAACUCCAGUUCCUGGAGGUUUCUAAGGUUCAAGAUUCUCCGUUACAACCUGUGCAAGCUCCUGCACCUCCAUCCCCAUCACCUUCCAUUUCCCCCUCACCUCCCACCUACUCCUCCCCCUCCCCCCUUCCUCCCAUGUGUCACUCUGUCCCCUCCCCUCUGCCGAUCCAGCAGGAGGAGGAAGAGGUGACUCAAACACAUCCACCGUCUGAGCAGCAGAAGCUGCAGCUGACCUCUUACCAACCAGCUCCAACUGCAGGCACCUCUCCUCCCCCCUCCACCUCCCCACCAGCCAUCCUGUCUUCACCCCUCUCCAACCUCCCCUUGGCCCAGUCUGUCCCCCCUCCGUCUACCACACCUCCCCCUUCGUCCUCUGAUCAGGACCAGGAGCCUGAAGCCGGACAGCUCUCCCCCUCCUCACCGUCUUCAUCCUCACCCUCUUCAUCAUCCUCACCGCCACCUUCACCUCCAACUCCGGAGGAGGCCCCGGCAUCCCAGCGCCUCACCUCCCUCCACUUGGCAAAGAAGCAGGCUGAUGCUGCUAUCGCUGGGGAGAGCGAGGAGGAGGACAGCGAGAGCGGAGGCGAAGGGAUCUUCCGUGAACGUGACGAGUUCGUGGUUCGGACUGAAGACAUUGGGACUCUGAAGAUGGCCUUGCAGACGGGCCGGGAGCCCCCGCCCAUCUGGAGGGUGCAGAAGGCUUUACUCCAGAAGUUCAGCCCAGAGAUCAAAGAUGGUCAGAGGCAGUUCUGUGCAACCAGUAAUUACCUGGGUUACUUUGGUGACGCAAAGAUGCGUUACCAGCGGCUGUACGUGAAGUUCUUGGAGAACGUCAACAAGAAGGAUUAUGUGAGGGUGUGUUCUCGAAAGCCCUGGCACAGAGCCGGUCUCACCCUGAGGCGACAGUCUCUGCCCAAACAGCUCCCCAACAUCCACAACCAGACUCCUCCUCGACUGGAGAGAGACGACAGAGACAAGGAUAGGAGAGAGAAAGAGGAGCGAGAGCAAAGAGAAAGAGAGAGGAGAGAGAAAGAAAAGGCAGAGAGGGAGAAAGAGGACAGAGAGCAAAAGGAGAGGGAGUGUAGAGAAAAGGAGAAAGACCUCGAAAGAGAGAAAGAGAGGGAUCGGAGAGAAAAGGAGCAGAAGGAAAGGGAGAAAAGAGAAAAAGAGCAGAAAGAGAGGGAGAGAAGGGAAUUCAAGAGGGAACAAAGAGAGAGGGAGCAAAAAGAGAAGGAGAGGAUUGAGCGUCAGCCUCGAGCUAAGACGUCAAAGGACAAGGCAGAGCCUCCUCCAAAGAAGAGGAAGAAGUGGCUGAAGGAGGUGCCCUCCUCCUCCUCAGAGUCUGACUCCUCCCCUCCAAGUGAGGACGAAGGUCCUGUGAGGGGUGGAAUAAACAGCCGAGCCAUGCGUGAGAUGUUCAGGAGCUACGUGGAAAUGUUGGUCAGCACAGCGCUUGACCCUGACAUGAUCCAAGCUCUGCAGGACACUGACGAUGAGUUGUACCUCCCGCCCAUGAGGAAGAUUGACAGCUUGCUCAGCAACCAGAAGAAGAGGUUGCUGAGGAGAGUCAGCAUGAACGCCCAGCACCAGGAGGCUCUUCAUAUCUUCCCCAAAAUGACGGCCGACCAGCUGGAAUCCGGCGGGGUCAAAGUUCACUUGGGUGGAGAGGGUUACAACCGAAAAACCCUCAACAGGGUCAAGAAGAGCAUUCCUAAACAACAGGAUCUGAAGCUGUCCAUAGAAACAUGCCGGAUCUACAGUCUGUACCACUCCCUCCAUCACUACAAGUACCACACCUUCCUGCACUGCAAGAAGGAGACGGACAGCAUCGAGCAGGCGGCGGAGGACCCGGGUCAGGAGGAGGUGGUGCAGCAGUGCAUGGCCAACCAGAGCUGGCUGGAGAGUCUGUUUAACUCCUUCAUGGAGCUGCUGAGCCUCAGUACAAAGGCCUGAAGACUGAGCCAGGAUACACACCCAGCCGCAGGGGUGACGGGGACCUUCCGAGGCCUCAGAGACAAAUAUGCUGCUGGUUCCUUUCCUGGACAUUUAACGUUUAAAGUAUUUGUUUUAUUACUGAGUCCAUUUUAAAGACGCUGUUGAUUUGAACAAACUGAGGGGCAGGGCGUAGUGAAACUAUGUGAAUGUGAUAGAGACAAAGAAAGGGACCACAAACACUGACAGACACACAGAGGCUGUCUAGUAUGUAAUAAACUCUGGUUUGUAUAAUUUAUAUACGAGGACCUUUCUAAAGAGGACCGUCCUCAGACCGAUUCUUUGCUCCUAUUUUAUUUAAAGCAGUGUUCAUUAAAUGCCAACCUGCAGACUUUCUUCUAUCAGACGAAGGUCAGAGUGAGACAGACUAUGUGAUAGUUUGCGUUCUGCCUCAGUCUGCAGCAGGUAAGAGGAGCUGAAAUGUAUUUAAACUAAACUGUGUUCUUUCUGUUUGUUCUUCUGAAGACGAUGAGAGACAGAGAGAGCGUUUAAAGAAAAAAAUAAAGCUCCACUUCCUUAAAAGGAAGUGUGAGGAAUGACGAUCUGAAAGCAUCCAUGUCAGUGUUAAUGUCAUUUUUAUCUGUUAGCUGUUGAUGAUAUUUGCGAUUAUUCGACCUCUCAGAGGAGAUUUCUUUGACGUGUAAAUACUGUACAGUUAUUUCAUUCUCUAGUCCCCCGUUGCUCUUCUGUACAUGAAAUUCCUGUAUUUGACAUAAUGAAAUAAAACUGUUCAAAGGACAAAUGUGAUAAUAAAAA